CCCCCAUCCCCGAGUCCCCGACUCGCCAUCAAACCGAGCAGGAUUGGAUCAAAUCGAAUCCUCCGGAACUCACCGCCACCGCUUCUCGGAGCCCACGAACCACCGGAGGAUCACCACCGCCGGGACCGACCGAUCGAGGAUGUCGUACGCCUACCUCUUCAAGUACAUCAUCAUCGGCGACACAGGCGUGGGGAAGUCGUGCCUGCUGCUGCAGUUCACGGACAAGCGGUUCCAGCCGGUGCACGACCUCACCAUCGGCGUCGAGUUCGGCGCGCGCAUGAUCACCAUCGACAACAAGCCCAUCAAGCUCCAGAUUUGGGACACGGCUGGCCAAGAAUCAUUCAGAUCUAUAACUAGAUCAUACUACAGAGGGGCUGCUGGUGCCCUUUUGGUUUAUGACAUCACCAGGAGGGAGACAUUUAAUCAUCUCGCAAGCUGGCUAGAAGAUGCAAGGCAGCAUGCAAAUGCCAACAUGACAGUCAUGCUGAUUGGAAACAAAUGUGAUUUAUCUCAUAGGCGUGCUGUCAGCUACGAGGAAGGUGAACAGUUUGCUAAGGAGCAUGGUCUGGUCUUUAUGGAGGCAUCUGCUAAAACUGCACAAAAUGUUGAGGAGGCAUUCAUUAAGACUGCCGGAACAAUAUAUAAGAAAAUCCAAGAUGGUAUCUUUGAUGUAUCAAACGAGUCCAACGGAAUCAAAGUUGGCUACGCUGUCCCCAACUCAUCUGGAGGUGGUGCUGGCUCUUCCUCUCAGGCUGGUGGCUGCUGCAGCUGAGGUGGUGGACACUGGUGACAAGUCAUAUCAAUGUACAAGACACUCCUUGCUUUGCCUAGUGCAAAAAUAGCUGGCCUUGGAUGAUUUGUUCUUGCAAAAAUACCUUCAUCAGUGUUUGUUGUUUGUACUGUACAAUCUUUCUGUAAAGCUAAACGUUCAUGAUUUCGAUCCUUUUGCAUUUGUAACCAAAUUGAAAUGGUUUGUGGUAUUCAUUUGUUCAAAAUGUAAAUAAUACUUCAUAGGCCUACCGUGCUGGUGCGUAUCUUGAUUCACCAUCACUAUGAUGAAAUCUGGUGAUGCACAAGAGCGCUAGACAAUGAAUACAGUUAUGCCCAGGUUGGAUCACUGGAUUCACA